UUAAUUUUCACUCCCCGCAGGAUCGUGCAGUAGAACUGAGUCUGAAGCAGUAGCGGUAACAGCCAAUAGCGACAGCACCACCACCGAAAUUAGGGCUUCUGCCAUUCUCCUAAAUUAGGGUUUCCCGUUCCCCUUUCCUUUCGCCAUGGCGGAUGGCUACUGGAACCGUCAGCAGGCGCAUAUGCCCCACUCAGGAAUGCUCAAACGACCCCGUUCCGACUACGAUAUGCCAGCUUCUGGUUUGUCUUCGGGUAAUGAUAUUAAUAAUUAUAUUGUGCGCGAUGAUGACCGUACUGGUCCCCGAAUGCUAAGGGACACAAAAACAAUUGGAUCUGCUUAUGACCGCUACCUUCAGAGUGGGCAACUUUCUGCAUAUACUUCUGGGGAAGCCAGUACAAUCGGUGGUCUUGGAUAUGCAAGGGGUCCUGGUGGAUUACCAGGACAUUCUCUAGCUGAUCAUGCUGCCAUGGGGCGUCAUGGAGGUGGUGGUCCUGAUAUUGCACCAAAUGGACGAGGUUUUAAUUAUGGUGGUCAGCCACCAGUAGAUUCUGUUUCCAGGCCUGGACAUGAGACAGUUCCUCUACCUCCAGAUGCUUCAAGUACUUUAUAUGUUGAAGGUCUGCCUUCUGAUAGCACCAAAAGAGAAGUGGCUCAUAUUUUCCGCCCUUUUGUUGGAUAUAGAGAAGUGAGACUUGUAACUAAAGAAUCCAAACAUCGUGGUGGAGAUCCUCUGAUCCUUUGUUUCGUGGACUUUGAAAAUCCAGCUUGUGCCGCAACUGCUCUUAGUGCCUUGCAAGGUUAUAAAGUUGAUGAACUCGAUCCUGAGUCUGGUCACUUGAGGCUUCAGUUUUCCCGGUAUCCUGGUCCUAGAAGUGGGCCUGGAUUUCGUGGUAAGAGGUGAGUUACAUAGGCCAUUUAGGUUUUAUGCACAUCAUCUUUCUGGGGGCGAGAAUGUCCAUGGGUACACAAAUGCAAUUUUAUUUGCUCCCUCUGGCUACAAUCCUUGUUACAGCCUUGAGUAGCGCAAACUAUGAACUGGCUGAGAUCACAGUACAAUUUCAGUUUAGUGAGUCUAACAAAUGGAGAUUUUUGCUACAUGUAUCCAGUUACUGUGUAUCAAUUAUUGCUUAAUUUUGUUUGAACCUGCUGUCUAAUUCAUGGUAGCGUUUACUGUGUUGCCCAAUAACUGUAUUGUUCUAUUAUUAUUUUUUGGUUCUACAUUA